CGAAACUCCGUUGUCGUUGUUAUUGGUUCUGUAGAUCAGUUUUUGUGUCGAGUUCGCGCAAUCUUGUACCUCCUGACCCCGCCGACGGACCAAAAGGCAGGGUAGGAGCUUCCGCGGAAGGGCCAUCGUGUGCUUUUCCCUUCUGUUUUUUUCUUCCGUUUAAUUGUCACCCCAUUUCGUAUUUAUUUGUCGGUGUUGUGAACUUGUGUGAUAACGUGAGUGUCUUCAGAGUGUGGGAAGUGAAUAAGUGGGGAUUUUGCAAAUAAAGAAUAAAGUGAAAGGUGAAGGUGUGCAAACCAAAGUGUUUGCACCCCAGAGACAGAGGGACUAAAGGUUAAUCAAAACGGUUCAGAAGAAAGGUCACAGCCUCUUGGCGGGCGCUUCGAGUCUGGCCCGCAAAAUGUCCAUUGUGCUGUGUAAUGUGGCCUCAUCAACCGGGGGAAGCAAUGAUAACAACAACAAUGCCGAUAACACAAGCGACGACUCAAAUCCUGUCACAAUUUACAGGUGCCGAGCGCCAAUAGCGUCCCUCGAUUGCAUGGAAGAGUUCAGUGGUACGGGCCACCUUGAUUUCGGGCGCUCGAUAAGCCUCGGCUCGAAUCCCGCUCUGCCGCUGAGACACAGUACAAAUACCACUCCGGGUCUUCGGUAUAAGAACCUCGGAAAGAGUGGCCUACGGGUGUCCAAUGUGGGCUUGGGUACGUGGCCGGUGUUCUCGUCCGGAGUACCUGAGGAGCAGGCGGAGGCUAUCAUUCGGCUGGCUGUGGAAAGUGGGAUAAAUCUGUUUGACAUCUCCGAGGCUCACUCGGAGACGGAACUUGGCAAGAUUCUGCAGAAAUGCGCCUGGAAACGGACCAGCUUUGUGGUGUCGACCAAGAUCUACUGGAGUACAAAAUCAGAGGAACGUGGCCUGUCCAGGAAGCACAUCAUCGAGAGUGUGAAGGCGAGCCUACAGCGCCUUCAGCUGCAGUACAUCGACAUUGUGAUAAUCCACAAGGCUGACUCCAUGUGUCCCAUGGAGGAAAUUGUCCGAGCCAUGAACUACGUCAUCUCGCAGGGUUGGGCUAUGUAUUGGGGCACAGCCAGAUGGUCUCCCGUAGAGAUUAUGGAGGCCUAUACCAAUUGUCGUCAGUUCAAUUGCAUCACGCCAAUUGUGGAACAAGCAGAAUACCAUAUGUUCAAUCGGGAAAAGGCUGAACUCUACCUCCCCGAGAUGUACAAUAAAAUUGGUGUGGGAUUGAUGGCCUGGGGACCACUGUCAAUGGCACUCGGAGAUACGCAAAAUGGUGAGCGAAUUCUCUUUUCCAAGGGCUCCUUCAAAACCAAGAGUCACAGCUAUUCGUGGACCGAGGAUGAGGCCAACAAAGAUAGCUUUGGAUGGAGCAAGGAACGCCUCGAGGAGGGACGUCGUCAGGUUGAUAAAAUUAGAGAUAUUGCAACACUUGCUGAGAAGUUAGGCUGUAGUCCGACCCAGUUGUCCAUAGCGUGGUCUUUGAAGCAUGAGCCGGUGCAGUGUCUGCUUAUAAGUGCCAUCACUCCUGAGCAGCUGCACCAGAGUCUUCAAGCCCUACAGUUGCUGCCACGCUUAUCAACUGCCGUGAUGCUGGAACUUGAGCGAAUUCUGGACAAUAAACCCGUUCGGCCGCCACCAAUAUCAACCUUAGCACUUCGGUGACAAUCAGCCUGCCCCCCGGGGCCACCCAGUUCAACUGGGCAACCCUGCGGGGCAGAGUCACCCAAGGAGGAGGACCUGAGCAUAGACGUAGCUCUGUAAACGUCAACUUUCAAGUAAACAUCCAUCUCCAUUGGAAAAAUCUUGACGAAUGUAUGACUUUUUAUUCUUGUUCACUUCUAUCUUUAUUAUUUUUUAAUUAAAAUUGCGAGAAAUAAAAUAAAUUGCAAUUUGAGAACAAUACAUUAGAAAAGCAAAAAAUGUGUGAAUGUGAAAUUUUUUGUGAAAUAUAAAAUCCAAAGCGAUUAAAGAAAAACAUUUUGCUAAAUAAAAGAAAAAAAGAAAAACAAAUUCACAUCUUUUAACAAAAUGCUACAUCAACGCGAGGGACAGAAAGGGAAUUAUAUGAAACAAUAAUUGAAUAUUAAAAAGUAAUUAUUAAAAAAAAUGCGUGGGUGCAAAGCUCCUUCAAAAAAGUUUAUAUAAAAGAUUAAAAAAAAAAUGAUGAAAAAUUGAAUAAUAAUCACGUCUUUGAUCAUAAAUCGAUUUGAAUCUUGUACAUUAGUUACAUAACAAAGAAUAUUUAACAAAAAAAAACAAAGAACUUAUUAACUUAAAAAAAAAAUGUACUGCGAGAGUAUUGAUAAAAAUAUUUAUAGUUUUCAUUCGAAGCGUUUAAUCAAACAAAGAUAAAGAUGAAAUCAUAUACAUAAAGAAACAUAUUUACUCAAAUAUAUAAGGGACAUAAAAUUACUCAUAUUUAAUUAAUGAGAUGGCAAGAAAAUGGAAGAAAAACAAGUAUUUAUGAAACAAAAAAAAAUUAUAUACGAUAAAAAUACGAUUUGACAAGAAAGCAAAUACCUACGAAAAAUUGAAAAAAUGCAUAAAAUUCCUUUCUUUAUAGAAAUCAUUCUUAGUGCAGAACAUUUAUUGCAUAUAAAAUUGAAAGUGAGAUAAAGAAAACUUAAAGAUCUAAACAAAAUGAAUAAAGAAAAAAACUUACAUUAAAAGAAAAAAAAGAUGAGAAUGUCACAAUUUUAUUCCAAUAAUAAUUGCAAUAAAAAUCUCAAUCACUAAAA